GGCGAUCCAGGCCGGGUCUCCGCUCUCUCCCUCCCUCGUCCCUCCCCUUCCCCUCCCUCCUUCUUCCUCUCCAUCGGCUGCUCGGCGCUGGUGCUGGUCCCACCCAGCCGGCCUGGGCCUCACGGGGGCGGCGACCAUGCACCGCGUGCUCCCCAGCCAGCGCCCCCCGGUCUCCUCCUCCUCGUCCUCCUCCUCGGGGUCCUUCCAGGCCCCUCCGCCGCCGCCGCCGCCCGCCACCGACCUGCAGCCGCUCUUCUUGGGAGGGAGGCGGAGAGAGAGCGGGCUCGGCCUCAGCUCCAGCUCCAGCGGGGGCUCCCGGAGGGGGCGGCGGGGCUCGGUGUCCAGCUCCACGGGGACCAGGAGCAGCCCGCGCAGCAGCGAGGAAGAGGAGGAAGAAGAGGAAGAGGAGGAGGCCAAGCCGCUGGUGCCGCUGCAGGAGCCCCCCGCCGCCCCUUCCGCGCCGGGCCCCGCCAGCCCUUCCUCCUCCUCCUCCUCCUCUUCCUCGUCUUCUUCUUCUGGAGGCGGCAUGACAGCGGGGGAGCCUCUCUCGGGGCCCGGGGGAGGCAACGGCAGCGGCCCCAGGCACCGAGGGUCCCGCUGGGGCUUCCAGGCGCUGUCCCUGGUGCUGCUCUUAGGCCAAGGCGCCCUGCUGGACCUCUACCUGAUCGCCGUCACGGAUUUGUACUGGUGCAGCUGGAUUGCCACGGAUUUGGUCCUGGCUGCCGGGUGGGGCAUCUUCUUCUGCCGGAACAGCCGCGCCCGACGCCGAGGGGCAGCAGGAGCAGCAGGACAAGGCCAGUUCUCCCCGCCGCCGCCGCCUCCUCCGCCGCCUCCCCUGCACCCGCUGCUGGGCCACCCUCCCCACGGCGGGCGCGGCGCCGCGGCCUCCUCGUCCUCGUCCGGCAAAGCGGCCGGUCCCGCUGGCGGCAAACCCGGCGGGGACUUCGCCUACGCGCACCUGGCCUGGCUGAUCUACGCCAUCGCCUUCACGCCCAAGGCGGCGCUGAUCCUGGGCACCUCCAUCCUGGAGCUGGUAGAGCUGCGCCUCCCGCUCGGCGCCACCGGCUUCCGCCUGACCCUCGCCCUCUCCGCCCCGCUGCUCUACUGCCUGCUCCGGGCCAUCGGGGCCGGCGAAGGGGAGCACGAGGAGGACGGGGAAGACGGGGACGGCGCCUCCGCCUCCUCCUCCUCGGCCGGGGGACAGCUGCUCCUUCCGCCCCAGCACCGCGCCGCCGCUGCUUUCCUCGGCACCUGCUUAGACCUGCUGGACAGCUUCUCCCUCCUGGAGCAGCUGCUGCUCCUCCCGCCCGCGCCGCCCGCCUCGCCCUCGGCCGCCGCCGCCGCCGCCUCCUCCUCGCCGCCCCGCGCCGGCCCCGCGCUGCCCCCGCCGCUGCGCUUCCUGCUCCUGGGCGUGUACUUCGCCUGCCUGGCCUCGCCCGUGCUCUGGCUCUACGAGCUGGGCGCCCCCCGCCGGCCCGGCCCCGCCCGCCUGGCGCUGCACUGGCUCCUGCCCGCGGGGCUCCUCGACGCGCCGCUCCUCGCCCUCCGCGCCCUCCUCCUCCUCCGCCACCAGCAGCCGCUCUCCGUCUUCAUGCUCAAGAACCUCUUCUUCCUCGCCUGCCGGGGCCUCGAGGCCCUCGAGGGCGCCUGCCUCCUCCUCCGCCGACGACGACGGCGAAAGGCGCCCCCCGCCCACGCACACGCCGCCCCCGCCGGGCAGCUCAGCCGAGGGCUCUCCGAGAACGACGUCGGGCCCCACGGAUACGUCAACACCUUGGCCGUCAGCGCCCAGAGCUGAGCCCGCCCGAGCGAGGGAGGGAGCCCACUCCGCCCCAGGACGCCUUCUCAGUCCUUGGUACUCUACUCACUUAGACCAAACCUCCCCCCCCUCAGCCCCAGGACCCCCACUCAGACCGAGGCCCAUGCAGCCCCAA